AGCUAAUGCUAGCUAACAGCUAAUGUUAGCUAGCAGCUCCGCGCGCUCGGCUUCGUUAACCUUAAGGCCAGCCAUGACGGUAACACACCUGCAGAUAGGAGAGUCCAGGCUUCUGGGCAGACCGGACCGCCCUGCAUGAAGCGGCGUCCCAUGGCAGGGCCCUGCAGUUAAAGCAGCUGAUAGAAAGUGGAGCUUCUGUCAACAUGGUGACGGUGGAUAACAUCACUCCCCUCCAUGAAGCCUGCAUACAGGCUCACCCCAACUGUGCCCGGCUGCUGCUGGAGGCUGGAGCCCAGGUGGAUGUUCGCACCAUCCACGGCAGCACUCCUCUGUGUAACGCCUGUGCUUCUGGCAGCCUGGAGUGUGCCAAGCUGCUGCUCAAGUAUGGAGCCAAAGUGAACCCGUCACUCACCGCUCUCACUGCGUCGCCGCUCCACGAGGCCUGCAUACAAGGUAAUCCCGAAGUCGUGAGGUUGAUGAUCGCCAGUGGUGCCAAACUGGAGGCGUUCGAUGUCCACUUUGGCCCUCCUCUUCACAUAGCAUGCGCUAAAGGCCGUGUGGAUUGUGUCAAGGAGCUGCUCAGUGCAGGUGCCAAUGUGAAUUCAGUGAAGUUCCACGAGACAGCUCUGCACCAUGCUGCUCGAGUCCACAUGGUAGAAAUGAUCGAGUUGUUGGUGGAGUUCGGAGCCAACGUGUACGCCAGCGACAACCUGGGAAGAAAGCCUGCAGACUACGCAACUCCUGCGUCUCCCUCUUACACCUGCCUCCGUUUUUAUGAAGCGAAUCCUCUGAGCCUGCAGCAGCUUUGCAGAAUUGCUGUGAGGAUGAUGCUGGGCACCAGAGCAUCAGAGGCCAUAGGUCAGCUGGAUUUAUCCCACCGCAUCCACAACUACCUUCAGUACUGGGAUCAGCCCGCAUCACUGCAGACUGACACAUGAAUGGUCUGAAAUACAAAACCUCAGAAAAGAAGCAUCAUGGACAACAUGUUGACUUAAAAAUGUGUCGUACAAAAGUCCUGGGCCACUUUUAGGUUUGUUGCUUUUGCAUGUUGUAAUGAUCAUACAUAUUUAUUUAUUUGUUUCUUUUUACAGCAAGAAAAUCCAGCAAACAUGCAUACGGUGUUAAAAACACAAAACAAAUCAGAACAACACGGCUU